UGAUACCUUACGGCUAAGUGAAUCGGGUUUAUUUUAAUAUAAACAAAAACCAAAUAAAAAUCACAUAAUGGGUUGCAAGGCUUGUGGAACAAACUGCCAGUGCUCCGCUACCAAGUGCGGCGACAACUGCGCCUGCAGCCAGCAUUGCCAGUGCUCCUGCAAGAACGGACCCAAAGCCAAGUGCUGCUCCACCAAGAUAUCCAAUUAGAUAAAAGAACCCUUCUCAAGCUCAUCUGUGUGAUAUACAUAUAACCCGUCGGCAUGGAAUCAAAAUAAAUACACAAUCACUUCAAACUAA